AUGGCAUCCGCCUCCAAGCGCGCCCGCACCGCCUGCGACGGAGAGGAGGAGGAGGAGGAGGAGGAGGAGGAGGAGGAGGAGGAGGAGGAGGCGGCGGCGGCGGCGGCGGCGGCGGCGUUCUGCGUCGCGGCGGGCUUUGAGACGCCCAUCUUUGGCGCGCCCGUCGUCGGCCAGGUCUUCACGCUGCCCGAUGACGGGCCUCUGGCAUCGCUCGACGUGCACGGCGUCGCAAGCGAUGGCGCAGGCGCCUGGUAUCUCGCGACCGGUGGCUCGGUGCUUCACCUCUCGGCGGGUGGGGAAGAGCCGCUCGACCGGAUGUACGAGCCGAGCCGCCACUCGCUCAGUGUGCGCAGCGUGGCAACCUGCCCGGAAGGCGGCAGGUUCGAAGGCAUUGCUGUCAGCCCCGACGGCAGCACGCUCUUCGUGGCGGACUGUCGCGGGCAAGCGAUCCGGAAGGUGGAGGCAGCCACGGGCACGCUCACCACUCUCGCGGGCAGCGGCUCCAGCGGCAGCGCUAAUGGCGUGGGCGUCGCAGCGCAUUUCAACGGCCCGACAUACCUCGCCCUCAGCCCGGACGGCGGCACGCUCUUCGUCGCAGACACCGGCAACGCCAGGAUCCGGCGGGUGGACGUGGCGAGUGGCGCGGUGACGACGCUCGCGGGGGGCGUCGGCCAUGGCAGCAUUGACGGCGUGGGCGAUGCGGCGCGGUUCCAGUACCCGUACGGUCUCGCCCUCAGCCCGGACGGCCGCGCGCUCUUCGUGGCGGAUUGCGGCAGCGACAAGGUCCGGCGAGUGGAAGUGUUGAAUGGCGCAGUGACCACGCUCGCGGGAUGCGGAAGGAGGGGCGGGACUGAUGGGGCAGGCAACACGGCGCGGUUCCACGCCCCAAUCGGCAUCGCCAUGAGCCCCGACGGCAGCGCGCUGUUUGUGACCGACUUUAGCGGGCACAAGAUCCGCCGGGUGGAGGUGGUCGGUCGCGCAGUGACCACUCUUGCUGGCAAGGGCUGGGGCAGCGCCGAUGGCGUCAGCAAGUCGGCGCAGCUGUCCUUCCCCGGCGGCGUCGCCAUGAGCGCAGACGGCAGCACGCUCCUGGUCCGAUCGGGCGCCCCCAGCAGCGCGCUCCUCUGCUUGGUCUGCCUGGUGCCGCCGCCGCCGCCGGACGCGUUUGCCUUUGCGCCGAUCGUGGUCCCGCCCUCCACCCUGCCCGCCGACCUGAAGAAGGCGCGGGGCGACGCCACCCUCCCGCAGGGGAUGGUCACCUUCGUGGUUGGCCGAGGCCGGCAGCGCCUCGAGCACGUGAGCAAGAAUGUGCUCUGCGUGCGGUCCGACUACUUUCGGACCAUGUUUGGCGCCGGCAUGAAGGAGCGCGACGCCGCCGAGGUCACGGUGCCCCAUGCCGACCUCGCCACCUUCACCGCCCUCGUCGACUACCUCUUUGCCGACGAGCUCGACCUCGGCGAGGAGGAGGGCGGCAGAGUGCAGCGCGCGCUCGCCCUGCGGCAGCUGGCGCAGAUGUACCAGGUGCCGCGCCUCGAGCUGCUCUGCGCGCAGGCGCUGCAGCAGAGCGUCGUGGCGGAGACCGCCGUGCCGCUGCUCGAGGCGGCGCACACGAUGGGCGACGGGCGGCUCCUCGCGCAGUGCCGCCGCUACGUGGCGGACAACGCCACCGAGGUGCGGGCGAGCGGCGGCGUGGAGCAGCUGCGGAAUCUGGGCGUGGCGAAGGGCUUGCUCGGCGACGCGCUCGACCAGGUGACGGAGCUGCAGGAGGCGCUGGACGCGCUCCGCGUCGACUAA